UUUUUAGGUUACUAGCUUGUAUACGUUGUGAAAUGCAUUGAUAGUGUUUGGAUUUAGAAGAUAUUAUCUGGAUACUUUAUUUUUUCUCAAGGUUUUACUGAUGGAUUUCAGGCUCAUCCUGUUUGGGCUCACAGGCGCCCUGCUCAGUGUUGCCUGUGCCCAAAGCCAUCAGUACUACUUUGUGAACACUUCGCUUAAUUGGACAGAAGCUCAGAGCGUCUGCAGACGGGACUACACUGAUCUGGCCACCAUUGAAAGCACAGCUGAUGUUGAUGAUUUUUUAAGUACCAGCUCCAAUAAUACAGGCAAGGCCUGGAUAGGUCUUUAUGAUGACACAAUAAACAGCUGGAAAUGGUCCCUAAAUGACAGCAGCUUCUACGGUCCUGGAGAAUAUUCAUUUAGGAACUGGGGACCUGGCCAACCCGAUGAUUAUUAUGGACAACAGCAUUGUGUUAGAUUUUACGGUUCUAGUUAUCUCCCUGUGGGCCAAUGGGAUGAUAUUGGGUGCAUGGCGACAAUGCAAUUUGUGUGCUAUAAUGGUACAGUAGGUGGAUCACCAUCCUAUGUUUUGAGUAACAUUUCACUAAACUGGACAGAAGCUCAGAAAUUCUGCCGUGCAAAUUAUGUUGACCUGGCCAGUGUACGAAAUCAGACAGAAAAUGAAAUCAUCAGAAACCUAAUAGGUGCCAGCAAUGUUUGGAUUGGACUGUAUCGGGAAAAGCUGUGGUCUGAUGGAAGCACCUCUCUGUUUCGAGACUGGGCGGAUGGCGAACCCAAUGAGCCCUCUGGGGAUCAGUGUGUUGCUGGAUCAUUUAGUGACUCUGGAAGAUGGUCGGAUGAAAAUUGCAGCCUGAGUUUGCCAUUUGUCUGCUACAAACCAAUUCCACCAAAUGCAGAAGGCUUUACAGCUUCAGCACAAAAUGAGAGCAGCAUCACUCUGCAGUGGAAUAAAAUCAACAUCAACACCAGCUUUGUUCUCCAGUUUAAUGGUGUGGAGACAUUCAUCAGAGCACCAGAUGGAGAUGGACCAGUGAUCCACACAGUUUCAUCUCUCACUGCUGGAACAAACUAUACAUUCACUCUCUUCUCUGUUCUUGACAACGUCAGGAGCAGCGGAGUCAGUAUUACUGCAACUACUGCUCCUUGUACCGGCUGUCAAUGUUGUGCUUCAGGCACAGACUGCAUCACCACCAAUGGAGUUGUUCAAUGUCUUGACCCCUGUGACACCUACACUGUACUGAACGAUACAUGGCGUUCAACAGAGAAUACUGACUAUUCAAUCUCACACUGUGACUGGUACAUUGCCUGGAGUGGUUGGUAUCGCUUUUAUUUGGGUCAGACCAGCGCUCAGAUACCAGAGAAAUGUGUAGCAGAACAAAGAUGUGGAACUCAAGCUCCUUUGUGGAUAAACGGGACUCAUCCAGUCCAGCUUAAUGAAAUUAUAACUCGCACUGUGUGUUACACUUGGUGGGGCACCUGCUGCCUUUCUACCUCAAACACCAUCCAGAUCAAACUUUGUUAUGGAUACUACGUCUACAAAGUUCAACGGCCGAUUGGAUGCGACCUGGCAUAUUGUGCAGAACCUCAACCCUUCAGAGUAUUGACACAAGAUGAGACCAGCAUCACUCUGAUGUGGAACAAGAUGAACAACAACUUUAGCUUUGUUCUCCAGUUUAACGGCACAGAGACAAACAUCAGUGCACCAGAUGGAGAUGGACCAGUAACUUACACAGUCUCAUCUCUGACUGCUGGAACUAGAUACACAUUCACUCUUUUCUAUGUGUUUGAGAAUAUAAGAAACAGUCGAGGGCAACUGUCAGCUGUCACUGCUCCUCGAAAUGCAGAAGGAUUUACAGCUUCAGCACAAAAUGAGAGCAGCAUCACUCUGCAGUGGAAUAAAAUCAACAACAGCACCAACUUUGUUCUCCAGUAUGACGGCAGAGAGACAAACAUCAAUGCACCAGAUGGAGAUGGACCAGUGAUCCACACAGUCUCUUUUCUCACUGCUGGAACUAGAUACACAUUCACUCUCUUCUCUGUUCUUGACAACGUCAGGAGCAGUGGAGUCAGUAUUACUGCAUUUACUGGCACAGACUGCAUCACCACCAAUGGAGUUAUUGAAUGUCUUGACCCCUGUGACACCUACACUGUACUGAACGAUACAUGGCGUUCAACAGAGAAUACUGACUAUUCAUAUAUACACUGUGACGCGUACAUUUCCUGGAGUGGUUGGUAUCGCUUUUAUUUGGGUCAGACCAGCGCUCAGAUACCAGAGAAAUGUGUGGCAGAAAACAGAUGUGGAACUUCUGCUCCUAUGUGGAUAAACGGGACUCAUCCAGUCCAGCUUAAUGAAAUUGUAACUCGCAAUGUGUUUGGUUCCUGGUAUGGUUCCUGCUUCUAUUUUGCCUCAAACACCAUCCAGAUCAAACUUUGUUAUGGAUAUUACGUCUACAAACUUCAACAGCCGUCUGUAUGCAACCUGGCAUAUUGUGCAGAACCUCAACCCUUCAGAGUAUUGACACAAGAUGAGACCAGCAUCACUCUGAUGUGGAACAAGAUGAACAACAACACCAGCUUUGUUCUCCAGUUUAACGGCACAGAGACAAACAUCAGUGCACCAGAUGGAGAUGGACCAGUAACUUACACAGUCACAUCUCUGACUGCUGGAACUAGAUACACAUUCACUCUUUUCUAUGUGUUUGAGAAUAUAAGAAACAGUGGAGGGCAACUGACAGCUGUCACUGCUCCUAGAAAUGCAGAAGGAUUUACAGCUUCAGCACAGGAUGAGAGCAGCAUCACUCUGCAGUGGAAUAAAAUCAACAAAAGCACCAACUUUGUUCUCCAGUAUGACGGCAGAGAGACAAACAUCAGAGCACCAGAUGGAGAUGGACCAGUGAUCCACACAGUCUCUUUUCUCACUGCUGGAACUAGAUACACAUUCACUCUCUUCUCUGUUCUUGACAACGUCAGGAGCAGUGGAGUCAGUAUUACUGCAUUUACUGGCACAGACUGCAUCACCACCAAUGGAGUUGUUCAAUGCCUUGACCCCUGUGACACCUACACUGUACUGAACGAUGCAUGGCGUUCAACAGAGAAUACAGUUGACUACUAUUCAUCUAUAAACUGUGACAUGUACAUUGCCUGGAGUGGUUGGUAUCGCUUUUAUUUGGGUCAGACCAGCGCUCAGAUACCAGAGAAAUGUGUAGCAGAACGAAGAUGUGGAACUUAUGCUCCUUUGUGGAUAAACGGCAAUCAUCCAGUCCAGCUUAAUGAAAUUGUAACCCGCACUGUGUGUAAUGCUUGGUCAGGUUCCUGCUGCCUUUUUCCCUCACACACCAUCCAGAUCAAACUUUGUUAUGGAUACUACGUCUACAAACUUCAACAGCCGUCUACAUGUUGGCUGGCAUAUUGUGCAGAACCUCAACCCUUCAGAGUAUUGACACAAAAUGAGACCAGUAUAACUUUGCAGUGGAAUAAAAUCAACAACACCACCAGCUUUGUUCUCCAGUUCAACGGCACAGAGACAAACAUCAGUGCACCAGAUGCAGAUGGACCAGUAACUUACACAGUCUCAUCUCUGACUGCUGGAACCGAAUACACAUUCACUCUUUUCUCUGUGUUUGGAAAUGUGAGAAACAGUGGAGAGCAACUGUCAGCUGUCACUGCUCCUCCAAAUGCAGAAGGAUUUAUGAAGUCAGGACAAGAUGAGAGCAGCAUCACUCUGCAGUGGAAUAAAAUCAACAACAGCACCAACUUUGUUCUCCAGUAUGACGGCAGAGAGACAUUCAUCAGAGCACCAGAUGGAGAUGGACCAGUGAUCCACACAGUCUCUUUUCUCACUGCUGGAACUAGAUACACAUUCACUCUCUUCUCUGUGAUUGAGAACGUCAGAAGCAGUGGAGUCAGUAUUACUGCUGUCACUGUUCCUUCAAAUGCACAAAGCUUCAGACCAUGGUCACAAGAUGAGAGCAGCAUCACUCUGCAAUGGGAAAAAUUCAACAACAUCAUCAGCUUUGUUUUCCAGUUUAACGGCACAGAGACAUUGAUCAGAGCACCAGAUGGAUAUGGACCAGUAACUCACACCGUCUCUUUUCUCUCUGCUGGAACUAAAUACACAUUCACUCUAAUUUCUGUGCUUGAAAAUUUUACCAGCAGUGGAAUCAGCAUUGCAGCAGCUACUGCACCUCAAAAUGCAGAAGGCUUCAGGCCAUCAGACCAAGAUGAGACCAGCAUCACUCUGCAGUGGAAUAAAAUCAAUGACAACACCAGCUUUGUUCUCCAGUUUAAUGGCAGAGAGACGUUCAUCAGAGCACCAGAUGGAGAUGGACCAGUAACUCACACCAUCUCAUCUCUAGCUGCUGGAACCAGAUACUCAUUCAGUCUCUUCUCUGUGUUUGAGAACGUCAGAAGCAGUGGAGUACAACUUACUGCUGUCACUGCGCCAUUAAAUGCAAAAGGCUUCAGAGCAUCAGAACAAGAUAAGAGCAGCAUCACUCUGCGGUGGAAUAAAGUCGGCAGCAACAUCAACUUUGUUCUGCAGUUUAACGACACAGAGACAUUCAUCGGUGCACCAGAUGGAUAUGGACCAGUGACCUACACUGUCACAUCUCUGACCCCUCGUACAAACUACACAUUCACUCUUUUCUCUGUGUUUGAAAAUGUCAGAAGCAGUGGAGUCAGCAUAUUUGAGGCUACUGGUCCAAAUUAUGUUUUUGGAUUGGAUUUGAAGUUGGAGCUUCUAGAAGAAAUGACAAAAUCAGAGAUGGAAGACGCUUUGAUAGAGCUCCUCAGAGAAAAUAAUCUGCCGCCACACAUUACUCUGAAAAUCAUUUCCUCCAAAAUAGUGUUUGGAUUUAGUAGAUAUUAUCUGGAUACUUUAUUUUUUCUCAAGCUUUUACUGAUGGAUUUCAGGCUCAUCCUGUUUGGGCUCACAGGCGCCCUGCUCAGUGUUGCCUGUGCCCAAAGCCAUCAGUACUACUUUGUGAAUACUUCACUUAAUUGGACAGAAGCUCAGAGCGUCUGCAGACGGGACUACACUGAUCUGGCCACCAUUGAAAGCACAGCUGAUGUUGAUGAUUUUUUAAGGACCACCUCCAAUAAUACAGGCAAGGCCUGGAUAGGUCUUUAUGAUGACACAAUAAACAGCUGGAAAUGGUCCCUAAAUGACAGCAGCUUCUACGGUCCUGGAGAAUAUUCAUUUAGGAACUGGGGACCUGGCCAACCUGAUAAUAAUUUUGGACAACAGCAUUGUGUUGGUGUUUACGGUUAUAGUUAUCUCUCUGUGGGCCAAUGGGAUGAUAUUGGGUGCACAGAGACAAUGCAAUUUGUGUGCUAUAAUGGUACAGUAGGUGGAUCACCAUCCUAUGUUUUGAGUAACAUUUCACUAAACUGGACAGAAGCUCAGAAAUUCUGCCGUACGAAUUAUGUUGACAUGGCCAGUGUACGAAAUCAGACAGAAAAUGAAAUCAUCAGAACCCUAAUAGGUGCCAGCAAUGUUUGGAUUGGACUGUAUCGGGAAAAGCUGUGGUCUGAUGGAAGCACCUCUCUGUUUCGAAACUGGGCGGAUGGCGAACCCAAUGAGCUCUCUGGGGAUCAGUGUGUUGCUGGAUCAUUUAGUGACUCUGGAAGAUGGUCGGAUGAAAAUUGCAGCCUGAGUUUGCCAUUUGUCUGCUACAAACCAAUCCCACCAAAUGCAGAAGGCUUUACAGCUUCAUCACAAAAUGAGAGCAGCAUCACUCUGCAGUGGAAUAAAAUCAACAUCAACACCAGCUUUGUUCUCCAGUUUAAUGGCACAGAGAUAUUCAUCAAUGCACCAGAUGGAGAUGGACCAGUGACUCACACAGUUUCAUCUCUCACUGCUGGAACAAACUAUACAUUCACUCUCUUCUCUGUUCUUGACAACGUCAGGAGCAGUGGAGUCAGUAUUACUGCAUUUACUGCUCCUUGUACCGGCUGUCAAUGUUGUGCUUCAGGAACAGACUGCAUCACCACCAAUGGAGUUAUUGAAUGUCUUGACCCCUGUGACACCUACACUGUACUGAAUGAUGCAUGGCGUUCAACAGAGAAUACUGACUAUUCAAUCUCACACUGUGACCGGUACAUUGCCUGGAGUGGUUGGUAUCGCUUUUAUUUGGGUCAGACCAGCGCUCAGAUACCAGAGAAAUGUGUAGCAGAACGAAGAUGUGGAACUUAUGCUCCUUUGUGGAUAAACGGGACUCAUCCAGUCCAGCUUAAUGAAAUUGUAACUCGCACUGUGUGUUACACUUGGUCGGGCACCUGCUGCCUUUCUACCUCAAACACCAUCCAGAUCAAACUUUGUUAUGGAUACUACGUCUACAAAGUUCAACGGCCGAUUGGAUGCGACCUGGCAUAUUGUGCAGAACCUCUCCCCUUCAGAGUAUUGACACAAGAUGAGACCAGCAUCACUCUGAUGUGGAACAAGAUGAACAACAACUUUAGCUUUGUUCUCCAGUUUAACGGCACAGAGACAAACAUCAGUGCACCAGAUGGAGAUGGACCAGUAACUUACACAGUCACAUCUCUGACUGCUGGAACUAGAUACACAUUCACUCUUUUCUAUGUGUUUGAGAAUAUAAGAAACAGUCGAGGGCAACUGUCAGCUGUCACUGCUCCUAGAAAUGCAGAAGGACUUACAAAGUCAGGACAAGAUGAGAGCAGCAUCACUCUGCAGUGGAAUAAAAUCAACAACAUCACCAACUUUGUUCUCCAGUUUAACGGCACAGAGACAUUCAUCAGAGCACCAGAUGGAGAUGGACCAGUGACUCACACAGUUUCAUCUCUCACUCCUGGAACAAACUACACAUUCACUCUGUUCUCUGUUCUUGACAACGUCAGGAGCACUGGAGUCAGUAUUACUGCAGCUACUGCUCCUUGUACCGGCUGUCGAUGUUGUGCUUCAGGCACAGACUGCAUCACCACCAAUGGAGUUAUUGAAUGUCUUGACCCCUGUGUGAACUACACUGUACUGAAUGAUACAUGGCGUUCAACAGAGAAUACAGACAAUUCAAUCUUACACUGUGACCAGGACAUUUCCAGGAGUGUUUGGUAUCGCUUUUAUUUGGGUCAGACCAAUGCCCAGAUACCAGAGAACUAUGUAGCAGGAAACAGAUGUGGAACUUCUGCUCCUUUGUGGAUAAACGGCAGUCAUCCAGUCCAGCUUAAUGAAAUUGUAACUCGCAAUGUGUUUGGUCCCUGGUGGGAUUACUGGUAUGGUUACUGGUAUAGUUCCUUCUAUUUUGCCUCAAACACCAUCCAGAUCAAACUUUGUUCUGGAUACUACGUCUACAAACUUCAACAGCCGUCUGUAUGCAACCUGGCAUAUUGUACAGAACCUCUCCCCUUCAGAGUAUUGACACAAGAUGAGAGCAGCAUCACUCUGAUGUGGAACAAGAUGAACAUCACCAGCUUUGUUCUCCAGUUUAACGGCACAGAGACAAACAUCAGUGCACCAGAUGGAGAUGGACCAGUAACUUACACAGUCUCAUCUCUGACUGCUGGAACUAGAUACACAUUCACUCUUUUCUAUGUGUUUGAGAAUAUAAGAAACAGUGGAGGGCAACUGUCAGCUGUCACUGCUCCUAGAAAUGCAGAAGGACUUACAAAGUCAGGACAAGAUGAGAGCAACAUCACUCUGCAGUGGAAUAAAAUCAACGACAACACCAGCUUUGUUUUCCAGUUUAACGGCACAGAGACGUUCAUCAGAGCACCAGAUGGAGAUGGACCAGUAACUCACACCAUCUCAUCUCUAGCUGCUGGAACCAGAUACUCAUUCAGUCUCUUCUCUGUGUUUGAGAACGUCAGAAGCAGUGGAGUACAACUUACUGCUGUCACUGCGCCAGAAAAUGCAAAAGGCUUCAGAGCAUCAGAACAAGAUGAGAGCAGCAUCACUCUGCGGUGGAAUAAAGUCGGCAGCAACAUCAACUUUGUUCUGCAGUUUAACGGCACAGAGACAUUCAUCGGUGCACCAGAUGGAUAUGGACCAGUGACCUACACAGUCACAUCUCUGACCCCUCGUACAAACUACACAUUCACUCUUUUCUCUGUGUUUGAAAAUGUCAGAAGCAGUGGAAUCAGCAUAUUUGAGGCUACUGGUCCAAAUUAUGUUUUUGGAUUGGAUUUGAAGUUGGAGCUUCUAGAAGAAAUGACAAAAUCUGAGAUGGAAGACGCUUUGAUAGAGCUCCUCAGAGAAAAUAAUCUGCCGCCACACAUUACUCUGAAAAUCAUUUCCUCCAAACCAUGAAGUCACCGAGGGAAUCAAAUUCUGGAUAAUUCAUCUGUAACAUUCUUUCCUUUCCUUUCCUUGAGGUUUAUUUUAUGUACUAAUUUCAAUUGUAAUGUUGUUUUACAGAAUUGAUUUCCCUUUGGGUAAUAUUUUAAUCUCUUUUUGUUGAUUAAGAACUGAGUUAAGGUUUUCUUGUAUUUUCAUAAAUCAUAUGUGUGCAUUCUUCUGUUUUUUUGCCUCUAAAUAAGGGUUUGGGGAUCUAUGAAUUGUUUACUUGUAUUGAAAAAAAAAUCUUUUGGGGGACAUAUUGAAAUCUAGAUGCAAAAGCUUGAAAAAACAUGAAGUAAAAAAACCUAGGUGUGUGAUGGUAUGCACACAUCUAGGUUGGCAAGCAAAGCAAAGCAAAAGCAUAAAAAAGUAAAACUUUGUUCAGUGUGACUCCAUGUUGCUUCCCUGGUCAUUAAACGUUUAAAUACAGCUUUACAAUCAUAUAAAUGCAACAAAUCAUCGUGGUAAUGGGGAGAAACAAAUGUUGUAAAUAGGUAUUGGGAAGAAUUAACUUGAAUAUAUGAAUAAACUAAACUUAUUUAGAUGAAAAUAGGAAAGAAUCAUUCCUCUCUCAAACUUUUUAAAAUGUAAUCUGUGGGUAAAUGGGGUGAAUUAGGGCUCAUAUCAACAAAAUCAGAACAAGAAUCCAGAGAAACAACUCUACUAGUUUAUUAAUUAUGGACCAUUUAUUCUUAAACAUGGGAAACUAAUAAGUAGCUCUUAUACUUUUUCUUCUUUUGCUCUUCCUUUAUUUGUUAUUUUGUUUAU